CGAUUAUACGACGGUUGGUCGAUCCUUUUGAAAGCACGAGGCUUGCCAGUCCGCCCACGCGACAGUCGCGAACAGUCGUCUUCGCUGGUAUACGCGCGUUCCGAUCACCUCCGAGGAGAGCUUGCGAUUCUUCGAUCAGCCUCUCCUUCUUCAUCGUGAACACACCAUUUGUUUGCUCGUUCUCGAUGGUUCACGUUCGACGAGUAGUAGUCGAUGGUUUUUUUCUUCUUCUUUUUCUUUUCUUUUUUUUUUUUAUUUAAGAUGAAAGUGCAGCGAAAGGAAAAGAUCCAUUGGUUGCAUAGAUCGAUUAAGAGUCGUCGCGAUGAAGAAGACUCUAAAAGGGUGAGAAGAUUGUGAUAGAUGUGUUAUUUAAGGCUGUGCGAUUUUGAAGACUUCAAUUUACUUGGAGAAGGAAGAAAAAAAAAAAAAAAGAAGAAAUAAACUGCAUGAUGAUACUCCGCAUCUGGAUUGAGUGGCGAACCAGCAACAUUCUUCCGGCGUGAUUCGCGACAAAAUUUCACCACUUUCCGUGAUUCUGUGAAUGGCAGCCGAAGUUCCCAUAAUCCCACAGGAUCUCGAUGAGAAAGGAAAGAUGACAGGAGUGGAGAGAUUUCGACGUUUAGCGAUACGAUACAAUCCUAAAAGAGCAAAGGAUGAAAGUUUAAGUACUAUUUUUGCCUUGGUAACUGAAGCAUACGAUGUACUUUCAGAUCCUCUUAAAAGAACUGUAUAUGAUCAAUUCGGUGAGGAAGGUCUUAAAAAUGGCAUACCUGGAACCGAAGAAUUCAUCUGUCCAUAUGUUUAUCAUGGAGAACCGAUGAGAACUUAUAGGGAAUUCUUCGGUACCGAAAGUCCUUAUGCUGAUCUAAUCUACGCAGUAACGCAGUCUCCAUCUCUUCUCGAAUUUCCCGAGGGGCGGGGUAUAAAACGUAAAGAAGAGCCUCUGAUAAAAACCUUGUACUUAACCCUUCUGGAGGUUUUUCUUGGUGGAAUUAAGAAAAUGAAGAUACAGAGAUUGGUUUUGGUAGGGGAUGAUAAAUCUAUGACAGUAGUAAAAGAAAAAAUUUUAACAAUACCUAUUAAACCAGGCAUACCGACAGGAACGAGGAUAACAUUUCCAGAGGAAGGUGACCAAGGACCCACGAAAAUACCUGCGGAUGUAAUCUUCAUCACGGAGGACCGGCCUCACGAGACCUUCCGAAGAGAGGGCUCUGACUUGCACAUGACGGUCGAUAUCUUUCUGCGAGAGGCACUGACCGGAACAGUGGUCACCGUCGACACCCUCGACGACAGAACCCUUCGAAUACCACUAACGUCUGUCAUCACACCAGAUUAUAAAAAACGCAUACUUGGAGAAGGAUUGCCAUUACCAGAAAAUCCAAAAGGAAAAGGAGAUCUAAUUAUAACCUUUAACAUUGAAUAUCCGGUAUAUAUGCCAGUAUCAAAUAAAAAUUAUGUUAAACGAGCGUUUGAUACAUCAGAAGAUAUUAGAGAUACAGAAUAUGUUCAUCGUCUUAUAUUGGCUAAUAAAAUGCGUAGAAAUAUUGAUUUUGAUGUUCCUGUACGCCGAGAUCCUAAAGAUUAUGAAGCAAAAGAAUUAGACUUUAUUUGUAACAUUUAA